AUGUCCGACCCCGAUGCCCUUAUCCGCUCGUCGGACCCAGAGCACCCCGCCAACCACAUCUGCACGCUGUGCGCAAAGUUCUACAGCCUGGGCUGGGUGACAGGUACGGGCGGAGGCACGAGCAUCCGGCAUGGCGACAAGAUCUACAUCGCGCCGAGCGGCGUGCAGAAGGAGCUGAUGCGGCCGACGGACAUGUUUGUCAUGGACUUUGAGAGCCGGGAGUAUCUGCGGCGACCCGCUGCACACAAACCCUCUGCAUGCACGCCCCUCUUCUACGCCGCCUUCAAGCGCGGCGCCGGCUGCUGCAUCCACACGCACUCGCAAUGGGCCGUCCUAGUCACCCUUCUCGUCGAGCGCGACUUCGGCAGCUCUGCGCCCUUCGAAAUCGAGCAGAUUGAGCAGAUCAAGGGGAUUCCCAAGGGCCGCGACAAGGUCGGGAACCUAGGCUAUUUUGACCGGCUGCGCAUCCCGAUUAUCGAGAAUACGGCGCAUGAGGAGGACCUGACGGACAGUCUGGAGAAGGCGAUGGAGGAGUACCCGGAUGCGUAUGCGGUGCUUGUGAGGAGGCAUGGGAUCUAUGUGUGGGGAGACAAUGUGCAUAAGGCGAAGACGCAGUGUGAGAGUAUUGAUUACAUAUUGCAGCUUGCGGUGGAGAUGAAGAAGCUGGGGCUGCCGUGGACGACGAAAUGA